AUGAUUGAAUUACAUGUAUGGGGACAUGAUUCCACUAUAUCUGUUAUAUCUCCAGAGUGUUUAGCAAGUUCAUGGCUCCUCAAUUUACAUUUGAAGCCGCAAAAUAUACCAUUUAAAAUUGUAACUUCAUCAAAUACAAAUUUAUCUGAAACUGAUAAGCUUCCACUUUUACUAGUAUCUAACGAAGAAUGUGCAAGUGAACGAUACGAGGGAUUCCAUAAUAUUUCACAAUAUAUUUCUAGUAAUUUUGAUACCGAACACUCCACUGGAAAUGACAUUAAAUAUGUACCAAAUCACAAUUUGUCUUCGUCUGAACAAAAGCUAAUCAAUAGUAGUUUGACAUCCUUCAUUGAAAAUAAGAUCCAUAAUAUAAGUCAAUAUAAUUUGUAUAUAAACACGAAGAACUAUGAAAAGUAUACACGGAAGUUAUUUCAGAAAUUCUUCCCAUUUCCAAUGAUGUACAACCAACCACUAAAAUUCUACCAUUCUGCCCAGAGACAGGUACAAGUUAUAGGAUUGAACUCCAACAACCCAGGAUUUUUUAGUAUAUCGGGGUCUGAAGCGGUAGCUCAGACAGAAUAUUUCAACGACGAAAACGACGAUGAUGAUGCUGAGGCUGAUCCAGUCGCUAUAAGUUCCUUGCAUGAGAAGCAAUUAUUAGCAAAAUCCAAACGUAAAGAUUUGUUGAAGGAGUCAAGAAAUUCAUUAAAAUGCUUGAACCUAGUGAACGAAUACAUAGACUACGUUGUGCUGUUAUAUCAGGAACUCAAUUCCUUUAACAAGCCUGAUGAAUUCUCGUAUUUAUUUUCUGAUAAAGCUUCCAAUGCCAUAUCUUCCUCCGAAUUGCUAUUUUUCGCCUACAUACAUUCGCUUUGUCUCCCAGAGCUUCCUGACAAGUUUAUUGUUAACUACCUUACUUUGAAGUAUCCGAAAUUCCUCACAUUCAUAUACGACACUACAUCCAAGUUAAACGAAAGCCUAUACAAAGAAAAAUCGAUAUUCCGUGAACCUGAAGGAAUUGAAGUUCCUAACUUAUGGAAUGAGUUGAUAUAUUCAACGGGGUAUGUUAAAUAUUAA